AUGUGGAGAUUGCGAUCGCUUACUGGGAGCUUGUGUUCGGUGGCAGCUUUGGCUACCUCGGGCUGUGGACUGAGUUUCUUCGGGAAAAGGUUUGCACUGCAGUUUUGUUUUCAUCAAAAACAGGGUGUGAAAGGCAUAUCACGAGAUACAUGGAAUCUGUUGCUCGAUUUCUCCCUCACAAUCCAUCCGGAUUUUAGUAAUUACGAUUCGGAAGGCGCAUGGCCUGUUUUGAUUGACGAAUUUGUGGAAUAUGCAAAAAGUAAAGUGAAUAGUUAA